AGGUGGCGGUGCUGCGCAACUAUCUGGGCGAGCUGCUGAUCGGCUGCUACGAGUCGCGCCGGCUGGCCGCCCGCCUCACCCUCACCGCGGCACCGGGACUGGACAUGACCGACAUUGAUGCAGAGCAGCAGGUAUGUUCCUUCGAGCAGCAGACCAUGCUGGCCUGGCUGGACGCGCUGUGGAGCUGCUUCCUGGAGGACACGGGGCGGCUGAGAUCUGCCGUACAGAUCCGCAGCAGCGGCGCCGCGGGGCUGAACCCGCUGGAGGAGUUCCGGCGGGAGGCGAAUGCGGCCUUCCUGGCACUGCUGGAUAACUACAGGGAUGCCGUACUGGACAAGCUAUUGGUGCCCGACUUCGGCAUUAUGACCUCGCUGGAGGUUGGGGGCGAGGAGGAAGAGGAGGAGGUGCGGGAGGAGCAGGAGGCGGGGCAGCUGGGAGCAGCUGCGUCAGCGGUACUCGAGCGAUUACAGGAACGAGAUAAAAAACAGGAAGAGGUGGCUAGCACCGACGAUCGGUCAUCGUUCGGCGGUAACGGUAACGGUAACAAUUAAGCCCAGCUCUAAAGGCAAGAACUACCCAAGAGCCGCUUGAGAAAGGCUUUCAAGGCUGGGCCGGGGCCGGUGUGGGAUGGUACAUAGCUGCCGGGUUGGCAGAGGCACGAGGGAGCUAUGAGGGGGAGGAAGGAACAAAGGUGGCGGUGACUAGGACAGC